AUGAUUGUGUUUGAUAAAUAUGGGAAUCAUAUCCAUGUGGUUGUUCCUUCAUUGUAUAGCAAGACUUUUGACUCUCAGUUGGCUCUAAACGACACUGUUACUAUAUCAAACUUCCAAGUGCUACCCAACGAUGUUGUCUUUAAGCCUACUCAACACAAGUAUUUGUUGAAAUUUUCUGGAGGAACUACGGUUGGCGAUAGAAACAAACAUUCAAUCCCUGACAAAGUUGUUCAAGUGACUUUGUUCUGUGAUAUAAUUUCAGGAAAAUGGAAGAAGGAUGUAUUGAUAGGUAACUAUUACGGACAAAAAUAUCCAUUGUCUGUUUCAAACACAUACAAUGUUACUAAAUUGUAUAUCAAUGAUGAUUUGAAAACAAUCAAAGACUUCAUGAAUAGCAUCCCAAAGGACUAUUUGGCUAUUAGGACCACACAACUUGGUUCCCAAUCUCAAGUGUGGUCACAAAACUCUGGAAGCUCCUACCUAACCCCUUACCAAAAAUUCAUGGCUAAAACUUUUGUCCUUCCUUUGAAGGGAAUUAAGGAACUAAAUAUUGAUACUUUUUGUAUUACUAUUGCCAAAAUUAACAAGCUGAUAGCAUCCAAGUACGGAUGGUACUAUCAAGCAUGCCAUCAGUGUCCUAAAGUUUCCCGGGGAGACAAACCUCCUUUCAAAUGUGAUGCUGAACAUUUAAGUGAGUAUAAAACCUAUGUUGAAGUUGUUCAUGGUGGGGCUAAGUGUAAAUUUGUCUUGUGGGAUCGAGAGAGCGAACAAUCGUUAGAAGUUUCUGCUGCUCAGAUGCGCGACUCAAUGAUUGAGGGAGACAUAACUGAUCCUCUUGAAUAUCCAUUGGCAGUGGACAAAUUGCUGGGAAAAGAAGUAGCUUAUAAACUAAAAUGGCAGCCUAUGUGGUAUAGUUGUUUAGUCAUUUCCAUUUUUGAGGACAUAGAUGUCAUCAAACAACUUAAGGAAACAUGUGGAGAGGAUGGCAUACAAAUAAAAGAAAGUGUUGACAAGGCUCAUGUCACUGAUGAUUCCGAAGUUAUAACUGAAACUGAAAUUACUUCGAAACUCAACUCAGAUCCAAUUACGCCAACAACAAAGAGAUCGAAUCCUGAUUGGUCAAGUGAAUCAACCACCACUUUCAACUUGGCUGAUGGAGAACUGCCCUCUAACAAGCUUAACAAGUUGAUCAAGAUUGAGAAAUAA